CGAAACACGCGCUCCAAACAAAUUAUCCAAACAGAUUAAAGGAAACGCAUAUUUUAGCACGUGAACUCGCAUCAGGACUUUCGAAACAUGGUAUCCGGAUUGUGAAUCCCGUUCAUACUAAUAUGGUAUUUAUUGAUACGAGUGCGACGAAAAUUGGUAGUAUUGAUACUUUAGCGGAAAAGUUGAGUGAACAUGGGAUUAAAAUUGUUGGAAAUGCAUCUACAAUGACAAGGUUAGUAGUGCAUUAUCAAAUUGAGAAAAAGGCAAUUGAAAAACUCGUUAAUGUUGUUAGGGAAAUUUGUUAG